AUGACCUCAAACUUUUUGGUUGAAUUAUCUAACGACUACAAAAACAUUUUUGAAUCAGAAAUAGGAUACGAUGUUAUCAUUUACGCCGGUGUAAAGCCAAAUAUCAAAGAAAUUCAUGCUCACUCAUAUAUAUUAUGUACUAGGUCUCAAUAUUUUCGUUCUGCAUUUUCAAAUGUAUGGGCCGAGAAAAAAGAUGGAAAAUUUAUUUUCGAAAAACCAAAUAUUUCUCCGCAAUUAUUUGAUAUAAUUCUCAGAUUCUUAUAUAGUGGAAGUAUCGAAUUGAGAACUCUACAGUGUCAAGAUAUAUUAAAGUUGUUGAUUGCAGUGGAUGAACUUAAUAUUCAUUCACUAAUUUCUUAUAUUCAAAAAUAUUUAAUUGAACAGCAAGCCGAAUUUUUACAACAAAAUCCGAUUGAAAUUCUUGAAAUUAGUUAUCAAUAUGAACAAUUUACGGAUUUAUCAAAUUUUUGUCUCGAGAAAAUUUGUGAAGAACCUAGCAUCUUAUUUAAUUCUGAUGAAUUUAUUAAUUUAAAAGCUCCUUUGUUAGAAUUAUUGUUAAAAAGGGAUGAUUUGUAUGUGGAAGAAAUUGAAAUUUGGGAAAAUUUAUUGAAAUGGUGUCUUGCUCAAAUAAACGUGGAGAAUAAUCCCACUAAAUGGAGUACAGAUGAUAUUAAAAGGAUUGAAAUAAUAUUACAGAAUUUUAUUCCUUUUAUUAGAUUUUAUAAUAUUGAACCUGAUGAUUUCAUUCACAAGAUUUUUUGUUAUAAAAACAUUUUACCACAAGAUUUAGUUGCUGAUCUUGUAGAAUUUAACUUAGUUCCUAAUAUUAAACCUAAAGAAAAUAUGAUACCACCAAGAAAAUCAAAUUUAAAUCAUUUAAAACUUAAUUCAACAAUAAUUGAACCAAAAUAUAUUCCUCUUUUUGCAUCAUGGAUUGAUAAAAAGGAUCCUUCAUACUAUAAUAGAAAAUUUAUUCCUUAUGAUUUUAAAUUAUUAUACCAUACAAGUCUUGAUGGAUUUAAUACAAAAUCAUUUCAUAAACAUUGUGAUAAUAAAGGAGCUACUAUUUGGAUAGCAAAACUUCAAGAUUCAACUCAAUUAAUUGGAGGUUAUAAUCCUCUUGAUUGGAAUGGAUAUGGUCGAAAAAAUACCAGAUCUAGUUUUCUAUUCAAUAUCCCAGAUGGAAAAAAUAUUUCCACCGCAAAAAUAAGAUUUAAUACGGCAAUGUGUGCUAUUUAUUGCCAUGCAGGUCAUGGCCCUAGUAUGGGUGAUCUAUACUGUCCUAAUUCCGGUAUUUGGUUUUAUGAUUCCAAAAUUGGUAGAAAUACUAUAGGUAUUCCAUCAUUGAUUAAAAUAGAAGAAUAUGAAGUAUUUCAAGUAAUUAAAAAAUAA